CCGCCAACCAACCUUUCUGAAGGAGAGAAGCUAAUAUACGACAAAUUGACCGACAAGUUUUUGCCAACUGAACUAGCUGUGCAGGACAUUUCAGGAGGCUGUGGUGACUUCUAUGCUAUCCAAAUAGCAAGCGAGGCUUUUAAAGGCCUUUCAACCUUGAACCAGCAUAGACUUGUAACACGAGUACUGAAAGAAGAAAUUGAAGGAAUUCAUGGGUUACAGGUC